CCAAGCCUGCUUUUUAUGAAGUCAUUAUAAAUACUGCUAUACCACUAUUAGAUGUUUAAUCUAAUUAAGUUGGUCAAAGCUAGAAGUGCUUUAGUUUCUCUCCCCUGCCUUGAGAACGAAAAACUUCACUAAGACUGGCACUAAACGGUGGUGUGCAAAGUAAAUGAUGAAGCUAUUGGUGUGAUAGAACCAAUAAUGCACACCACUUGUGCAUCAGUUGGAGCGCGGGCCGCUGCUGGACAUGGAGACGUGUGUCUGCUGAUGGACCAGACUUCUCUCUCAGCAGCUCCUCGUUACCGAGCGCAGGCCCCGCCUCUUCACUGUCCAUCACGCAGAUAUUUGCAGUCUCUUCUCCAUUCUGGUUUCCCAUGACGCAGGCACCGCUCGCUGGGAAUACUGCUGGAUCAAGGAAGCAGGACCGCAUUCCACCUCAAAGCGCGUCCUCUGGUGUGCACCCGGAGCGCGCGCCUGUAACCCACCACACUUUGUGCGCUGCUCUCUUUGAACAUUUACGUCUCAAAGGGCGACUGUCAGGAAGGAUGAACCGCUCCUGUGUGAACUUCUUGAAAACUCUGGUGACAACUCUCAACUUCCUGUGCUGGCUCUGCGCCGCCUUCAUGGUGGCCUUGGGGGAGUUCCAGGUGAUCCACUCCAAGUUCACCUCCCUCAGCACCACCUUCUGGCCCAUCUUCCCCGCCAACACCGUGGUGGCCACCGGUACCAUCACUUGCUGCGUGUGUUACCUGGGCGUGUUGGGCGCCAUGAAGGAGAACCGCUGCAUGCUCAUCAAUUUCUUCGUCCUGUUGUUCAUCCUGAUGCUGGUGGAGUUAGCCAUGGCCUGCGUCUUCCUGGUCUACAGCAGAGAUAUCCACACGUACUUCGAGGAAGACCUGACGCGGAGCCUGGAGAUCUACAGACAGUUGGACCCGCAGAGCAACAGCACCCUGAAAGGCGACUUCGAUGCCGUCCAGCACCUGUUCAGGUGCUGUGGAGUCCACGGUGUGGCAGACUGGAAAGGGGACGUGCCCAUCUCCUGUUGCAGGGAAGACCCCUGUAACGUCCUGGGACGCUCGUACUGGCAAGAGGGUUGCCUCGUGAAACUGAGGGACUGGUUUUCAGGAAACUAUCGCAGCACAGGCGCCGGCGUGGCCACGAUGUUCAUCCUGCAGUUCAUCUGUCUGUCCAUCACCGUCCCCCUCUUUUGCCACUUCAGUCGACAUGGACUGGGUUACAAGUGAAUAAGGGCCAAUUAAAACAGACUUUCUGUAUGUUGACAUGAUGCUCCUCCCUGUGUCAUCCGUUUAAUAUUCUGUACCAACUUGAUGAAAAAAAGUUGUCCUUCUUUGACAGCAGCUCGUCAUCACUAUUGACUAUGUGUUGUGACGUGAAUAACAUAGCAGGAGACAUUUCAUUUGAAGGGUUGGACAUGAUUAUAUAAAGGACCUGUCCUAAUCCACCAAGACCCCGGGGAUCUGUUCCCUCAUGAGUGCUGGACUAGAUGACGGCACCAUUUGGUGAGACACGCCCCUCCCAGUUUGUUCAACCUCAAAACACAAACUGGUCUAGGGCUGUAGGUGUUUUUAACCUUAUUCAUCGAGUUUAAUAUUUUCUUUUUAAUGUUUUUUGAUCAUUUCAAUAUAUUCUGCUAAUAAACCAGUGUGCAUGCUGAUUAAAAAGCCAUCUGUUUUAUUGUUAUUCAGAAGAGCUGGACAAUUAAAUUGCUGGAACAUUAAAGGUAUAUUGUAAAAGGUAAGGUUCAUUUACAAGCUUGUUUUUCAUUGUUAUAAAUCAGGUCUAAGUGUAUUAUACAUGCUGUGUAACUGGCAUGGUCCUUGGAGAACCACACAGCCCGUGUUCAGAAACUGCCUUUUUCAAUAAGCGUUUCCUACUCCAUUACCAUCCACAAAUACAUGGAGCCAAAUUAAAAUAUUAUAAUUAAAAUA